CUUCUUUGAAUUAGAUUAAUCAUGAUUUCUUCCAAGUUUUGCAGUGUAAAUAAGCCUGUGACUAAGGAGCCAAAAGGUGCACAGUUGACAAUCUUUUAUGGUGGCCAAGUUAUUGUCUUUGAAGAUUUUCCAGCUCACAAAGCCAAGGAGAUCAUGUCCUUUGAAAGCAAAGAUAUCUCUAAAAGCCAGGAUAACUAUGGUUAUGCAUUCUCUCAAAGCCAACCCUCAUUUCAUGCUAAUACAGUCAGAAGUUCUGGUAGUUCCAGUAGUUUAUUUCCUUUUCCUAUGAAUAUGAACCCUAGCACUGGCAACAGUUCCGUUCAAGAGCAUCCUCAAGCACCGUCCAGACAUGUUGUUUGUGAUCUACCAAUUGCAAGGAAAGCUUCACUACAUCGGUUCUUGGAGAAAAGAAAGGAUAGAAUCGCUGCAAAAGCGCCAUAUCAAAUAAGCAAUCACAUGGCAGCACUUAAUAAGGCAGCUGAAUCCAUGUCAUGGCUCGCCUUGGCACCUAAAUCACCACAAGACAAAUCUGAAAGUAGCUCCAGCGUUGUGUUAUUUUGACUAUUUUUGUUGCACGCAAUUGGACAUUUUAUGACCUUCUCGGCUAGCCCCGUGUUACUUUUUCAGGGUCCUAUGCUCACAAUUAUGUAAUUGUGAAUGUAGUUGCUUAUCCUUAGUAUUACCAUAAUUAAGAGGGUAGUUCUAGUUUGGUUAGCUUAAUUAGAGAUCAGUUCGAUUACUUUUGUUGGGUCAAUCAGUUUGUUUCAUUUAA